AUGUUCCCAGCAGUCCAGAUAAAAAAAACAACAUUUUUAAGACUUUCGAAAAUACUUUCAUUAUCAUCAAUUACAUCAAGAAGUAAAGCACAAGAAUUAAUAAAAAACGGAAAAGUUAAGGUGAAUAAUCAAAUAAUAAAUAAAAAUGUCUUAACAGAUGUAAAUUCAAAUAUUGAAAUAAACGGAAUUAAAAUAAAUGUAGAUAUAAGAACAAAAUUAUGGGGUAUAUAUAAACCAAAACAUGUAUUUUGUAAUACGGAUAAAAAUUAUGAAUAUGAAGAAAAAGAAAUUGCUAAUAAUAAUAGGAUGCUAAAUGACAAUAAAAUGAACUAUCAAAACUAUGAGGACAAAAAAUAUAUCAAAUAUUUAAAUGAUAAUAAUAAUAGAAAAAUAUCAUUAAUUGAUAGUAACUGUGAUAAAACAUUAGUCAUUAAAAGUAAUUCAUCAACUAAAAAUGAAACAGAAAUUCGAAAAAAUUUUGAUCGAAAUUUUUUAAUAGAACCUAAUAAAAGAGAAUUAUUAGUAAGUAAUAAUAUAAGAGUAUCAAGCAAUUCAAAAUUAAAUAUGAAUAUUUUUGAUUUUAUACGAAAAAAAAAUAUAUUGUAUGAAAAAAAAAAUAAAAUAAACAAUUUUAUACCUGAUCAUUUAAUUAUUAUAAAUAGUCUUGACUCUCAUAGUGAAGGAUUAGUUUUAUUUACGAAUGAUGGAGAUUUUGCAAAAAAUUUAAGAAAUGUAAAUAAUAAUAUAUUAACAACAUACUUAAUAAAAGUACAAGGUGAACUUUCUCAAGAAAAGUUAAAGUUGUUAGAAAAAGGAUGCACUAUAAGGAAUACGCGUAUUUCUCCAUUAAGUGUAGAAAUAAUAAAAUCAAAAUUUAUGAGUAAAUGGAUUAAAUUAACAUAUGUAGAGAAAUCUAAAACUGAUUUAGAUUUUUUAUUUUCUAAAUAUAAUCUAGUUAUAAGAAAAUGCAAAAGAUUUUCAUUUGGACCUUAUAAAUCUUCCGAUUUAUCUGAAGAUUUUUUUAUGCCACUAAAAGUACAUUCAACAAUUAAUCAUUUACUACCUAAAUAUACAUCGAAAUUAACUUUAACUGAACCAGAUGGAAAUAGAAUAACAGAUUCUAAUGAAAAAUAUAUAUAUGUAAAAAAUUAUUUACAGAAUACACUAAUUCAAAACAAUUAA